AUAGUUUAAAAGGACAGACGCGAAACACAUUUCAGCAUGAGGGACCCCCUCACAAACUGUUCGUAUAAUCAAGUGUACAAGAACCUAAAGGAGUUUUCUCAAAAUGGAGAGAAUUUCUGCAAGCAGGUCACAUCCAUUCUUCAGCAAAGGGCAAACUUGGAGUUUAACUAUGCCAAAGGACUUCAGAAACUGGCAAUUAAGCUGAGCAAAGCAUUACAGAACACAAAGAAAAGCUGUGUCGUCAGUGCCUGGGCCUGGGUCUCGGAGGGCAUGAAGUCUGCGGCGGACCUGCAUCAAAAACUUAGCAAAGCAAUUGAGUUGGAGGCAGUAAAACCCACUCAUCAAGUCCUGAGUGUACAUGAGAAGAAGAGAAAAUCACUUGAUAAUGAAGUUGAAAAGACAGCAAAUCUUUUCAUUAGCAACUGGAAUCAACAAAUGAAGGCAAAAAAGAAGUUAAUGGAGAGUACCAGGAAGCAUGAAGCACUUUUCCAUCUUGUAGAAAGCUCCAAGCAAACGGUGACCAACAGGGAGAAGCAGAAGCUCCUCAAUAAAUUGAAAAAAUCGACUGAGAAGUUGACAAAAGAAGAUGAAAAUUACUACCAAAAAAACUUGGCCAGCUGUUCUACUAGACUGAAAUGGGAAAACACAGUAGAAAACGGCUACCAGAACAUCCUGGAGCUGGAGAAGGAAAGAAUUAAACUUUUAUGCAAGAACUUAAACCAGUACACCCAACAUAUUUCUGAUUUUGGCCGGACCCUGACCACAUGCCACACGCACAUCCACAGGGCUGUCAGCAAGAUAGACGUUGAGAAAGACAUCCAGGCUCUGAUGGAAGAAACUGCCGUGUCAUCUCUAGAAAACAAACCCGAGUUCCUACUGACUGAUUACUUUGAAGAAGAUCCCAACAAUGCAAUGAAUAAGGACCGACAAAAGUCUUCAAUAAAAUCAAAACUGUUGAGACUGCAAAGAGAUAUUGAAAAAGCCUUGAACGACCGGGAAGGACUCCAGCGAAUGCUGAAAGCUUACUCCAGCGACUCCUCAGACCCAGAGAUCCAGAGAAGCACAGCGGCCUUAAUGGACGAGACCAAUUUGAAACUAGACCUGUUGCAAGCAAAUGCCUAUAAACUGUCAUCAGUGUUAGCAGAACUUGAGCAAAGACCUCAACCCAGCCAUCCUUGUAGUAACUUCAUCUUCAAGCGGAAAGAAAAGCAGCAGACACAUAGUUAUGUAAGAAUACCUCGACCUUUUCUGAUGAAGAGAUCAGAGAAUGUUGUGAGAAGAGCAUCGUUUGGUGGGCAGAGCAAUCCAAGUUCUCCAUCGACAGCCUCCGGUGUGGCCCAGCAUGGCAACAGUCUUUGCAAAGCCUUAUAUUCUUUUCAAGCCAGGCAAGAUGAUGAGUUGAAUUUGGAAAUAGGUGACAUUGUGACUAUACACAAGAAAGAAGAAGGAUGGUGGUUUGGAUCUUUAAAUGGAAAAAAAGGCCAUUUUCCUGCUGCUUAUGUGGAGGAGCUCCCAUCAAACACUGGGUACACGGGCAUAAAACAAGGUUCUCAACAUACCGCCUUACACACACUGUAA